GUGAUGAUUGUUGGUGUGUGGAUGCAGUGGGAGCCAGCAGUGGUCUGGAUGGUGGUAUCAGGACAUGGGACCUCACCACAGGAGAAUGUGUCAGGAGUAUUGACGGAGGUCCAGUGGAUGUGUGGACACUCACCUUCUCCCCUGACUCACAGAAACCAACAGUGCUACCGUGGCAACCAAAGAUGACGGAACUGGUUUAUCAGUGGCACCAGAAGGGACGACAGAGGACGAUGGAAUGGUGGAAAUGACAGGAGGACAUCUUUAUUAAUUUUAUUCAAAUUGUGUGAUAAUAGUUAGCGAGGUGUUGGUGGACGCAUGUUUCAGAUGUAGCCUUUGCUCUUGCGGUAGUACUGGUAGCUGUCAUAGACAUUCUGCUCCAAUUCCUGGAUGACGACAGGAUCCAGCACUACAGCUGGUUUACCGUCCUCAAAUGUGUGG